AAUGUCUUCGAAAAGAGCGGCUGGUAAAAGUUUAGAAGGUGGAGUAGUUUGUGAAAUUGGUCCUGGACCUGGAGGAAUAACGAGAUGUAUUUUAGAAUCGGGAGUAAGAGAGUUACAUGUUGUCGAAAAGGACGAAAGAUUUCUUCAUAGUUUAAAUAUUUUAAAUCAAGCCAGUGGAAAUAUUAUGAAAAUACAUAACGAAGAUAUAUUAUAUUUUCCCAUGGCAACUAUUUUCCCGGAAGAUUUGAAACAGAAAUGGGAUGAUCGACCUCCAAAUAUCCAUCUAAUAGGCAAUUUACCAUUUAAUGUAUCUACACCCCUUAUUAUCAGAUGGCUGGAACAAAUUGCCGACAGAACUGGAGCUUGGAAAAGCGGAAGAGUUCGUAUGACUUUAACAUUUCAGAAAGAGGUUGCUGAAAGAUUAGUAUCGGAUAUAUUGGACGAUCAAAGGAGUAGACUAUCAGUUAUGAGUCAAAAUUAUUGUAAUGUUAUUCACAAAUUUAAUAUUCCUGGAAGAAUAUUUGAACCGCCACCUGAUGUUGAUGUAGGCGUUGUUCAUUUCGUUCCGAAAAGGGAAGCAACAAUACAAGUUCCAUUUAAAGUAUUAGAGAAAGUUGUUAGACAUACAUUUCAUUUUAGGCAGAAGAUGUGCAAAAGAGGAAUUUCAACCCUCUUUCCUUCGGAUGAACCAAACUUGACGAAAAGAAUUUUCUACGAAAGUGACGUCGAUCCAUCUACUAGACCAUAUUUAUUAACUCUUGAAGAAUUUAAACGCCUAUGCAACGUUUACUAUGACAUUUGUAAGGAAAAUCCAGGCUUGCAUAUCAAAGAACAUUACGAAGGUGUGGCGGAUUUGGAUGAAAGUAAAAUGACAACUGAAGAAUUAGAAUUUCACUACUUCCAAUUACAUGAUUUCGAUAAUAAUACUAAAUUGGAUGGAUUAGAAUUAUUCAAGGCAAUGUCUCACGUGUUACCUUCGGAAAUGAUCGAUGAUAAGGCUAAAGAUGAAAUUGAUACAGGUAAAACUCAAGCCCAAAUCGACAAGGAGAAAGCCGAUAGAAUGUUCAAAUACAUUGAAGAUGUCGUUGAUAAAAUUCUAGAAGAUGAUGAUUUGGAUAAUGAUGGAUUUUUAACUUAUUGGGAGUUUGUUUAUGCUAGAAAAAAGCAAGAAAUCCAAGCAGCAGCUGAAAAGAAUAAAAAGAAAUUUAGCUAA